UAUAUCUUUCUCUUCCAAAUAAAACUAAUAUUUUAUUGUUUGACCGAACAUCCCAUCAAAAUGCCAUACAAACGAAAAAUUAGUCCUCGCAAAAUCAGCAAGACAAGCGUGGAUAAAUCUAAAAAGAAUCCUUCUGCUAUUAUAUCGAUUCUUUGCCCUGAUGCCAAUAAGUCCAGGAAGGAAUCGAAUAAGGAAGGUAAAGAUGAAUCCAAGCCAGAGGGAGCCGAGGGCAAGGACUGUCCCCGAACGGGAAGCUUUAGGUCCUCAGCCGACCAACGAAUAUAUCUCGAACAGGAGGUGGUGCCCAUUCUGAUGGAGGGCAUGCUGGGAUUGGCUCGCGAAUUGCCCCGCGAUCCCAUCGGUUAUCUGGAGAAGUUCUGGCUUAGCAAUGAGCACAAGUGCGACAUAAAGCUGCCGCAGAAUAUACUCUGAUCGAUUUCUGGUGUAACCCAAUCAAAUUUAAAAUUAUCAUAUGAUUAAAUGUUUCUGGUUUAGUGCUUAGCCUA